ACAAACGUUUGUUGACUCUUUCGAAACUGUCAUUGUCCAUUCUGAUGUAAGUUCUGCCAACUUCAACUUAUUGUCCCAUUUUCUGCGUUGAAUCUCUCUCUACAGAUAACAUCGGAUGACAUUGAACUUCAGAUGUAUUGACACUUUCAACAUUUCACUAUUAAGGGGAAAUAUUCAACAGAACAGAUAUAACCCUCUUUAUAUGAAUCUAUGGUGAAUUAUUGUGAAAUAUUUCUUCUGAACAAGGAUUACUAGAGAAAUUUCUCAGCUUCACUGUGUGGAAUGUGUUCAAGAUGAUUCUGAAUUUUAACUAAGCUUGGACAAAUUUACACAUAGGAGUUCACAGCAUCUUCAGAUAGCAACAGAUUUUACAAUUGAAAGAAAUGCAACAAAGAAAAAUUUUGUUAUGACUAAAAUCUACAAAUAAGACAAAUAUCCGUCUUAUGUGGUGAAUGGAGAAAAAUUACAUGAAACUAAAAUUUGUAAGAAAAUAAAGGACUGAAUUUUUUUUUUUUUUCUCCUGAAGUAAUGUCAAGAUUGGUAGGAAAAUCUUCGUAUAACUGCAAUGUCUGUAAAAAGUCAUUCUCCCAAAAACAUGGUCUUACUGAACACCAGCGAAUUCAUACAGGAGAAAAACCAUAUUAUUGUGGUAUCUGCGGUAAAUCAUUUUCAAAAAACGAUCACCUAACUAAACAUAUACGCAUUCAUACAGGAGAAAAGCCAUAUCAGUGUGAUAUCUGUGGUAGAUCGUUUUCUUGUACAAGUAGCUUAACUAGUCACAAACGUACUCAUACAGGAGACAAGCCAUAUCACUGUGAUAUCUGUGGAAAAUCAUUCUCUGAAGGAAGUGCUGUAACUAAGCAUAAACGUAUUCAUACAGGAGAGAAACCAUAUCACUGUGAUGUCUGUGAUAAAUCUUUUUCUCAAAGAAACCAUUUAACUGCACACAAGUAUAUUCAUACCGGAAAGAAACCAUAUCACUGUGAUAUCUGUGGUCAAUCAUUUUCUCAAAAAGCUGUUCUACAUACACAUAAGUUUAUUCAUACGGGAGAAAAACCAUAUCAGUGCAGUAUCUGUGGCAAAUCCUUCUCUCUUAAGAAUCACUUGACUAAUCACAAACAGGUUCAUACUGAGGGAAAUUCUGGUGUCUGUGACAUCUGUGGUAAAUCAUUCUCUCAAAUAAACCACUUAACUACACACAAAUAUCUUCACACAGGCAACAAACCGUAUCACUGUGAUAUCUGUAAUAAAUCGUUUUCUUUAAAACGUUACUUAACUAGGCACAAGUUUACUCAUACAGGAGAAAAGCCAUACAUCUGUAAUAUCUGUGGUAAAUCCUUCUCUCAUACAAGCAGCUUAAAUAAACACAAAAUUAUUCAUACAGGAGAAAAGCCAUAUCCCUGUGAUAUUUGUGGUGUGUCAUUCUCUCAAAUGACUAGCUUAACUAACCACAAAAGGAUUCAUACGGGAGAGAAGCCAUUUCACUGUGAUAUCUGUGGUAAAUCAUUUGCUCAAGUAGGUAGCUUAGCUCAACACAAAUGCAUUCAUACAGGAGACAAGCCAUAUCGCUGUGAUAUCUGUGGCAAGUCAUUCUUUCGACAAUGUUACUUAACUGUACACAAGUAUAUUCAUACAGGAGAGAAACCAUACCACUGCGAUAUCUGUGGUAAAUCAUUCUCUUAUAAAGGUAAUGUAACCCAACACAAUCGUAUUCAUACAGGAGAGAAACCAUAUCGCUGUGAUAUCUGUGGUAAAUCAUUCUCUCAUACAAGUACCUUAACUCAACAUCAAUUCAUUCAUACAGGAGAGAAACAACAUUGCUGUGAUAUUUGUGGCAAGUCGUUCGCUGUUAUGGGUAGCUUAACCAAACAUAAGCGAAUUCACAGAGGAAAAGCCAUUCCACUGUGAUAUCUGUAAGAAAUCAUUCUCUCACACAGACAGCUUAACUAUGCACAAAUAUAUUCAUACGAGAGUAAAAUCAUGUCCUUGUGAUAUCUAUGAGAAAUCAUUCUAUGUAGAAAGUAAAAUAUCUAGACACGUAUAUUCAUACAGGAGAGAAACCAUAU